AGUACUCGGACCCGCUCCUGGUCGGGGACUGUAGGUAGAAGAGGACCGUCACCGUGAGGGAGGGGUGAGACCAAGGUGCGGACUCGGCGCGCGACCGCCUGCCCUGCGCGUGCGCCGCUGGCGCGGCCCUGCUGACAGGUUUUUUAAUGGAGCAGCCAAUCUCUCUGCACACCUGGUUUCAUCUAAUAAUCUGCAGACACCAUCUCUGAGGCCAUUUAAUCAUUCCCAGUGUCCAGGCACGGAGUAGUCAGUCCUGCUCACAAUGGUGGACUUUCUAGCCGAGAACAACCUCUGUGGCCAAGCAAUCCUAAGGAUUGUUUCCUGUGGUAAUGCCAUCAUUGCUGAACUUUUGAGGCUCUCUGAGUUUAUUCCUGCUGUAUUCAGGUUAAAAGACAGAGCUGAUCAACAGAAAUAUGGCGAUAUCAUAUUUGAUUUCAGCUAUUUUAAGGGUCCAGAAUUAUGGGAAAGCAAACUGGAUGCUAAACCAGAGCUACAGGAUUUAGAUGAAGAAUUUCGUGAGAACAACAUAGAAAUUGUGACCAGAUUUUAUUUAGCAUUUCAAAGUGUGCAUAAAUAUAUUGUAGACUUAAACAGAUACCUAGAUGAUCUCAAUGAAGGGGUUUAUAUUCAGCAAACCUUAGAAACUGUGCUUCUCAAUGAAGAUGGAAAACAACUUCUGUGUGAAGCACUAUACUUAUAUGGAGUUAUGCUACUGGUCAUUGACCAAAAGAUUGAAGGAGAAGUCAGAGAGAGGAUGCUGGUUUCUUACUACCGAUACAGUGCUGCGCGAUCUUCUGCUGAUUCAAAUAUGGAUGAUAUUUGUAAGCUGCUUCGAAGUACAGGUUAUUCUGGCCAACCAGGUGCCAAAAGACCACCCAACUAUCCCGAGAGCUAUUUCCAGAGAGUGCCUAUCAACGAAUCCUUCAUCAGUAUGGUCAUUGGUCGACUGAGAUCUGAUGAUAUUUACAACCAGGUCUCAGCAUAUCCUUUGCCGGAGCAUCGCAGCACGGCCCUGGCAAACCAAGCUGCCAUGCUGUACGUGAUUCUCUACUUCGACCCUUCCAUUCUUCACACCCAUCCAGCAAAAAUGAGAGAGAUAGUGGAUAAAUACUUUCCAGAUAAUUGGGUAAUUAGCAUUUACAUGGGGAUCACAGUUAAUCUAGCAGAUGCUUGGGAACCUUACAAAGCUGCAAAAACUGCUUUAAAUAAUACCUUGGACCUUUCAAAUGUCAGAGAACAGGCAAGCAGAUAUGCUACCGUCAGUGAAAGAGUGCAUGCUCAAGUGCAGCAGUUUCUAAAAGAAGGUUAUUUAAGGGAGGAGAUGGUUCUGGACAAUAUCCCGAGGCUUCUGAACUGCCUGAGAGACUGUAACGUUGCCAUCCGAUGGCUGAUGCUUCAUACAGCAGACUCAGCCUGUGACCCAAACAACAAACGCCUUCGUCAAAUCAAGGACCAGAUUCUAACGGACUCUCGGUACAAUCCCAGGAUCCUCUUCCAGUUGCUACUGGAUACUGCACAGUUUGAGUUUAUACUCAAAGAGAUGUUCAAGCAAAUGCUUUCAGAAAAGCAAACCAAAUGGGAGCAUUACAAGAAAGAGGGUUCAGAGCGGAUGACUGAGCUUGCUGAUGUCUUUUCAGGAGUGAAACCCCUAACGAGAGUGGAGAAAAAUGAAAAUCUUCAAGCUUGGUUCAGAGAGAUCUCAAAACAAAUAUUGUCUUUGAAUUAUGAUGAUUCCACUGCUGCAGGCAGAAAAACUGUGCAACUGAUACAAGCUUUGGAGGAGGUUCAAGAAUUCCACCAGUUGGAAUCAAAUCUGCAAGUAUGUCAGUUUCUUGCCGAUACUCGAAAGUUUCUUCAUCAAAUGAUCAGAACUAUUAACAUUAAAGAGGAGGUUCUGAUCACAAUGCAGAUCGUUGGGGACCUUUCUUUUGCUUGGCAGUUGAUUGACAGUUUCACAUCCAUCAUGCAAGAAAGCAUAAGGGUAAAUCCAUCCAUGGUUACUAAACUCAGAGCUACCUUCCUAAAGGCUUGUCUCAAACUCCUGACCUCAAAUGAUCCUCCUGCCUCGGCCUCCCGAAGUGUUGGGACUGCAGGUAUGAGCCACCACACCUGGCCUACUCAAUGUCUUCUGGCAGAGCUCCCAUGUACCCUUGCCUCUGCCCUCGAUCUGCCCCUUCUUCGUAUUAAUCAGGCAAAUAGCCCUGAUCUGCUCAGCGUGUCGCAGUACUAUUCUGGAGAGUUGGUAUCCUAUGUGAGAAAAGUUUUGCAGAUCAUCCCAGAAAGCAUGUUUACAUCUCUUCUAAAGAUCAUAAAGCUUCAGACUCACGAUAUUAUUGAAGUGCCUACCCGUCUGGACAAAGACAAGCUGAGGGACUAUGCCCAGCUGGGCCCACGAUACGAGGUUGCCAAGCUUACUCAUGCUAUUUCCAUUUUUACUGAAGGCAUCUUAAUGAUGAAAACGACUUUGGUUGGCAUCAUCAAGGUGGAUCCAAAGCAGUUGCUGGAAGAUGGAAUAAGGAAGGAGCUUGUGAAGCGUGUUGCCUUUGCCCUGCAUAGGGGACUGAUAUUCAACCCUCGAGCCAAGCCAAGUGAACUGAUGCCCAGGCUGAAAGAGUUGGGAGCGACCAUGGAUGGAUUCCAUCGUUCUUUUGAAUACAUACAGGACUAUGUCAACAUUUAUGGUCUGAAGAUUUGGCAGGAAGAAGUGUCUCGUAUUAUAAAUUACAAUGUGGAGCAAGAGUGUAAUAACUUCCUAAGAACAAAGAUUCAAGAUUGGCAAAGCAUGUACCAGUCCACUCAUAUUCCAAUACCCAAGUUUACCCCUGUGGAUGAAUCUGUAACGUUUAUUGGUAGACUCUGCAGAGAAAUCCUGCGGAUCACAGACCCUAAAAUGACAUGUCACAUAGACCAGCUGAACACUUGGUAUGACAUGAAAACUCAUCAGGAAGUGACCAGCAGCCGCCUCUUCUCAGAAAUCCAGACCACCUUGGGGACUUUCGGUCUGAAUGGCUUAGACAGGCUUCUGUGCUUUAUGAUUGUAAAAGAGUUACAGAAUUUCCUCAGUAUGUUCCAGAAAAUUAUCCUGAGAGACAGAACUGUUCAGGAGACUUUAAAAACCCUCAUGAAUGCUGUCAGCCCCCUAAAAAGUAUUGUAGCAAAUUCAAAUAAAAUUUAUUUUUCCGCUAUUGCCAAAACACAGAAGAUUUGGACUGCAUACCUUGAAGCUAUAAUGAAGGUUGGGCAGAUGCAGAUUCUGAGACAACAGAUUGCCAAUGAAUUAAAUUAUUCUUGUCGGUUUGACUCUAAACAUCUGGCAGCUGCUCUGGAGAAUCUCAAUAAGGCUCUCCUAGCAGACAUUGAAGCCCACUAUCAGGACCCUUCGCUUCCUUAUCCCAAAGAAGACAACACACUUUUAUAUGAAAUCACAGCCUAUCUGGAGGCAGCUGGCAUUCACAACCCACUGAAUAAGAUAUACAUAACAACGAAGCGCUUACCCUAUUUUCCAAUUGUCAACUUCCUAUUUUUGAUUGCUCAGUUGCCAAAACUUCAGUACACCAAAAAUCUAGGGAUGGUCUGCCGAAAACCAACCGACCCGGUUGACUGGCCGCCGCUUGUCCUGGGACUGCUCACUCUGCUGAAGCAGUUCCAUUCCCGGUACACCGAGCAGUUCCUGGCGCUGAUCGGUCAGUUCAUCUGCUCCACGGUGGAGCAGUGUACGAGCCAGAAGAUACCUGAAAUACCUGCAGAUGUUGUGGGUGCCCUUUUGUUCCUGGAGGAUUAUGUUCGGUACACAAAGCUACCCAGGAGGGUUGCCGAAGCACAUGUGCCUAAUUUCAUUUUUGAUGAGUUCAGAACAGUGCUGUAACUUUUUUCUACUUCUUCAAUGGAAGGAUUGUCCUUAGAUCUUCCCACCAUCACUAAAACAAAUUUGAAAAUGAAAAGAAACUCAGUUGCUCAUAUAACUGUGUUUUUUGCCCUCCAUUAUCGGAAACGUCAGACAUUCUGAGUAAGAUGUAUCUCAUGCCAUUAGUCAAUAUAACUGAUACUGUUUAAAUCAUGAUAUUACAUGCAAUUUCUAUCAUGUGGAAGCAGAACACAUUUUUGUACUGCCUCUCAUAAAUGCCGACUGUAACUGUUAUGUAUAAAUCCAUGUAGUUUUAUGUUCUAAGCAACUAUUUGUGCAACUCCAGAUUUUCAGUAAAAUCGUAUUACCAGUA